AUCUUAAAAGUACAAUUAGUAGACCCCACUAAAAUUAUCACUCACGCACCCCGAUGACAUUGACGGCCGUUUUUACCCCGCCGGCGAUCACUACUAAAUAUAGCAACACCACCUCACUUCAUAUCAAUACAUCAUCAACACUCAUUUAUUCACCAUUUCAUUUUCUUUUUUCUUCAACCAAACUCACCAUCUGUGCUGCAAAAAAGAAGCACCACCAUCUUUCAGAAUUCAUUUCACACAAACCAGAUGGUGAGAAUAUACGUAUGCAAGACAAAGAAAGCAGUGAAGAUGAUGAUGAUGAUGAUUUGGGUUGGCUACCUUGCUUUCCUCAUGUCUUGACUGCUUCUAUGUCCAAUUUCCUAUUUGGUUUUCACAUUGGAGUGAUGAAUGGUCCUAUUGUCGCGAUUGCACAUGAGCUUGGUUUUGAAGGCAAUACAAUUCUAGAAGGACUUGUUGUGAGCAUAUUUAUAGCUGGUGCGUUUUUGGGAGGCAUAACUUCGAGUUCCUUAGUUGACAAACUUGGUUGUCGGCGUACCCUUCAGCUUGCAACAAUACCUCUUAUUGUGGGUGCCAUUUUGAGUGCGCAAGCCCAUGGUUUAGACGAGUUAUUGUUAGGACGAUUUCUUGUAGGCCUUGGUAUCGGAGUAAAUACUGUCCUGGUUUCGAUAUACAUUUCAGAGGUGUCUCCGACAAAAUAUAGGGGUUCACUGGGGUCCUUAUGCCAGAUCGGCACAUGCACUGGAAUCAUUGUGUCGCUCUUUCUUGGAAUUUUCUCAGAGAAUGAUUCCAGUUGGUGGAGGACGAUGCUCUACAUCUCAAGUCUCCCUGGUUUCGCACUAGUAACUGGGAUGCAGUUUGCUGUAGAAAGCCCCCGCUGGUUAUGUAAAGCAGGGAGACUUGAUGAUGCAGAACUAGUUAUCCGCAACCUCUGGGGAUCAUCUAAAGUUGAAAAGGCCAUGGAGGAAUUUCAAUCAGUCAUUAAGACUGAUGGUGGUGAUUUGCAUAGCAGAUGGUCAGAACUCCUAGAGGAGCCAAACUCGAAAGUCGCGUUCAUCGGAGGUGCUCUUUUCUUACUGCAGCAGUUUGCUGGCAUAAAUGGAGUUCUUUACUUUUCAUCUUUGACUUUUCAUGAUGUUGGAAUCACGAGCAGUGCUUUAGCGAGUCUGUGUGUUGGAGUGACCAACUUUGCAGGCGCACUUGGCGCUUUAUACUUGAUUGACAGGCAAGGGAGGCAGAGGCUUCUCAUAGGAAGUUACAUGGGAAUGGCAAUAUCAAUGUUUCUCGUGGUCUAUGCUAUUAGCUUUCCAAUGGAUGAGGUUCUGAGUCACAACCUAUCGAUACUGGGAACACUGAUGUACAUUUUCACCUUUGCCAUUGGAGCUGGUCCAGCAACUGGUCUUAUUAUACCUGAACUUAGCAGCAGCAGAACACGUGGGAAGAUUAUGAGCUUCAGUUUCUCAGUUCACUGGGUUUGUAACUUUCUAAUCGGUUUGUUCUUUCUUGAUUUGGUGAAAACAUUUGGCGUCGCCCCAGUUUAUGCAAGCUUUGGCAGCGUCUCUUUGUUGGCCGCAGCAUUUUCUUCUAGAUAUAUAGUUGAAACUAAAGGACGAUCCCUUGAAGAAAUUGAGAUGUCGCUAAAUCUAAAUUUCCCACCAAAAGAAAAGUGAGCUAUAUAAGUUUUGCUGUGAUGACAUUCAGAUGGGGAAAAAAACCCAACAUUAGAUCUCCCAGUUAGUUGCCGAAGAUUGACCUGAAGAAAAGUCACUAACUCGCUAUUCCAGUUUUAAUGUGAUAGCAUUCGGAAUGAAAGCUGAUCAGGAGAGGUACGAACCCAUCACCCCUUAGAUCAAGACAAGAUCCCGUUUCCACUGGGGCAACUCUCACACUCCCAAGCAUUUGAUUUCUUGACAAUUACCUUGAGGAAAUGUAACAGAGAUUCAAUUUUUUGUCUGCUGAGAAAUUCAUGAUUUUGUAGUUCAGUGAGGCAUUGAAUAAGUCGCAAGUUGAGGUACUUGCUGGUGUACCAAAAAUAUACACAUUACAACAAACAAAAAAAUUAAAUAACAAUAGGAUAAUGGUUUUCGACA